AUGGUUUCUGACAGUCUUUCCAACGCCUUGGAGAAGGUUCAUCUUGAUCAAGAUGACUCCAAGAAAGUGAAACAAAAUCGCAAGGCUCGACGCUUUCAAUUUCAGGGUCCGUUUCGGUUCUUCGACCUUCCCUCAGAGAUACGGCUGCGAAUCUACUCCUUCGUCCUCUUUACACCGCGUCGCAGAAAAGCACUGCGAGCAAAUGGCAGUGUAGGCGCCUCGUCGAAAAAUCCUCCUCGGUCGCCAAUGUCCGAUCGUAUCAAUCUGUAUCUGGCAUCGCGCCGUAUGCACAACGAAGCUACCGACUUCUUUUACUCCAGUCAGAUCUUUCGGCUAUUCCAUAUUCAAGACUAUUCCACGCUGCCAACAAUCAGAGCUGUCUCGCAGCGGUACCUGCCCUCCAUUGCGACAGUCGAAUUGAUCCUGGGCUCCAGUUGGACUGCGCCGCCUGACACCUGGACGGUUAACGACGAUCUCGGCCUAGAGGAUAUGACUCGCGUCAAGACGUUCAAAAUAUUUGUAGAAUGCGACCCGUCGCAUCCGGUGUUCGAGGGUUUCCGAAUUUCCGAGGGCUUUUACACCGAGUUCGCCGGGGCGAUUGUGCAGCAGUCCCUCAAACGACUACCCAACGUGGUUCACGUCGAGUUCGAUGCAUACCCAUCUGUGCGCAAGAGCGGGGAUUUGAUGCAGCGAUUGCUUCACGAGACGAGAUCGGCGUCAAAGAAGAUUGUCUGGGGCCCCGUUAGAGGGUGGACAGACUAUGACGGCGAGGAGAUACUCAAGAGGAACCCUAUCUACGAGCGCAACUACGAUGAAAAGACUUUGAACAAUCCUGUCACUCAACGAAGACUUCGGAUUUUGAACUCAUGA